AUGUCCCAAAAUCAGUUCGCCGUCAGUGAAUUGUUAGCUGCUGAGGCAGAUCAACAAGCUGUUGAAGAAGCCCAGGCACAGAUCGUCGAUCAGAAUAAGCAAAAGGCUGAAAUGAUCGCUUUGCUGCUUGCCGAUUGUUUAAGUAUGGUGCAAAAAUUUCCAGAGUUUUACGCCGAGGUUGCUGAAGCCCUGGCACUUUAUACAGGCGGAAAAAUCCAAAUGGCCGAUGCUCUAGCUAUGAUGGCACCAUCAUCACAAGAAGAGCCUACAGCUGGAGGAGAGCCAGAAGCUCAAGAAGAAGAAACAUCGGCUCGAGUUCUUGUCGCUUCCGGUGACUCCAGGAAACGUAAAGCGGAUGGAACUGCAAAUGAGGGAGUCAUCAAACGGCCUAAAAAAGUCACAGGAAGCUUGGUGGAGGAGAUUGAGGUACAGGGAGAAGCUGAUUGGAACUGUCUGGAGAGGGAGGAGCUGGAAAAACAUGGAAUGAAACUAUUGAGAUAA